UUCCUAACGCCUUACUUUCCGAAUUAAUCGAAGUGACAAAAUGAUUGAUCAGAAACGAGUAAUCGUUUUAGAAUUCAGCAGCAAGGAUAUAGAUCCAUUAGGUACCAUUUAUUGCUCGUUAGCUCAAACUUGUCUUAAAUUACAGAGUAAAUCCUGAGCUGGUACGUACAUUCUUUUUUCUGCUUUUGAAUUUUUGGAAACUGAUUUAAAGUAGGUAAUUUCAUCGUUCUCAACUUGUUCACGGUUUGGAACUUAACAAUUUCGGAGACUUGGUAUUUUAAUAAUCGAAUAUAAAGUCUGAAAUAAGUCUGAAAAAAUGGAUUAUUUGUGCAUAAGAUCAACAUUUUGUCAAUUAUGUCAACAACUGUGACAUUAAUUUUACGUAAAUUUUUAAAUUUCAAGAAUUAGAGUUUCCUUACGAUUUUGGGCUAGUGGAAAGACUAGGACAGACUUUAUUAUGGACUUUAUAUUACUGUCAAUCAACGCAGACGACGAUUUCACUGACUAAAACGGACUGAAAUUAAAAAUUGACAACGUCACUACACAGAAAAAACUCGAAAAUCAAAAAUGUGAUUUGCUCUUCUAACCACAUCAGAAGUGCAAAACAUUGACUGUCGCUUUACACAACAAUGGGGAAAAAAUUUAAUACGUUCCUUUUACUAAUGUGGAAAAAUUGGAAACUGCAGUAUCGAAGACCUCUACAAACCACGAUCGAAAUAACUGCACCUAUCAUUUUCUCGAUUCUUCUAGUUAUGCUCAGAAGUUUAGUAGAACCGGUGGACAACCCAACACGCGAAUACCAGCCUUUCCAUCCAAUCCCCGCAGAAUUUUUUGCCCAAAAGAAGGUCAAAAAUCAAACAGUGCAGUCAUACCUUGAAAAUCUAAGUAUAGUAUAUUCACCAUCUCCACACAAAAUUAUAGACCAAGCAAUGGGUUUUUUAAAAACAACUUUCCGAAACAUUAAAGGCUACAAAAACGCCAAACUUUUAGAAGCCCACUUUCUCACCGACGAAGGUCGUAAGACCUUAGCUGGGAUCCAGUUCGACGACAACUUGUAUAACCAAACGGAACUUCCGCAAAAAUUGCAAAUUUCGAUACGUUUUCCAGGUGAAUUGCGCAGUGUUGGUGGUUAUCUUUUCAAAAAUCAAAAACAAGGAACAAAUGUUUCUGUAAAUAAUUCCCACAAUGAGUCUGAAUCUAUAGUUGACAAAUUAAACAAACUGUUUCAAAUUCACGAUUGGAAAACAAACUUGUUGUACCCCGUUUUCCAAAGUCCAGGACCCAGAGAACCGGAGAAAAACAGUGGUGCUACCCCAAGUUAUCAUUUGGAGGGGUUUUUGGCUCUACAAAUACUAAUAACCUACUUCCUUCUCCUUACACAAAAUGAAGUUUACUCGCUACUUCAACGAGAAACAGCUUUAAAUAUCCAAAAUCCAGUUAUUCUCUUGCAAAGAUUCCCACAUGCUGCUUGGAGAGAAGAUCCCUUAUUACCAGCUUUGAUCAGCUUCAUCGGUAUUCUCAUAAUGCUAAGUUUCGUCUACACAUGCAUUAACACAGUAAAGGUAAUUACUGUCGAAAAAGAGAAGCAAUUGAAGGAAGUAAUGAAGAUAAUGGGUUUGUCAAACUGGAUACACUGGACUGCUUGGUUCACAAAGUGUUUUCUAUUUCUUUUGAUUUCAAUAAGUUUCAUGACCGCAUUGCUAACAAUUUCGUGGUAUCCGCAAACAACAUUUUGCAUCUUCACUUAUUCUAAUCCCAUAAUCUUAUUUCUGUUUUUGUUGUUUUACGUUUGUGCGACCAUCACUUUUUGUUUUUCGGUCAGUGUUUUUUUCUCGAAAGCUAACACUGCUGCCACCGUUGCUGGGCUGUUGUGGUUUCUUUCUUACGCCCCAUAUUUAUUCCUUCAGUCACAAUACGAACAACUAAGUUUAUCGACUAAAAUGUUAGUAAGUUUGGGAUCUAACACGGCAAUGGCUUACGGAUUUCAACUCUUCUUGAUGUUUGAAAGUACCACUGAAGGAAUCCAGUGGCACAACAUGUGGCAACCGAUCACUCAGGACGAUUCUCUCACUCUUGGACUGAUAUUGGUCAUGUUGGCUAUCGAUACCUUGAUUUAUUUAUUUAUCGCUCUGUAUAUCGAGGCUGUUUUUCCUGGCGAUUUUGGGACACCACAACCGUGGUAUUUCCCAUUGACUUGUUCGUAUUGGUGCGGUUAUCCAAAAGGUGCUCAUGUUCACCCUUUUGACGACUCGAAACAAGAUGAAGAAUUUUUCGAGAAAAAUGAAAAUUUAAAUCCAAAAAUAGAGAUCAGAAACUUGCGAAAAGUUUUCGGUAAAAAAACAGCCGUAAACAACCUCACACUAACCAUUUAUGGCAAUCAAAUCACGGUGUUACUUGGUCAUAAUGGCGCUGGAAAGACCACAACAAUGUCAAUGUUAAUAGGAAUCAUUCCACCGACGAGUGGAAUAGCAAUGAUCUUAGGACGUGAUAUUCAAACGAACAUGAAAAAUAUCAGAGCCAAUAUAGGACUCUGCCCUCAGCACAAUAUACUUUUCGAUGAGUUGACAGUAAAGGAACAUUUGUAUUUCUUCUGUAAACUCAAAGGUCUCAGUAGCGUCGAGAUCGAGAAAGAAAUUGGGAAGUAUGUCAAUCUUUUGGAACUGCAACCAAAAAUCAAUAAAAAAUCCACAACCUUGUCGGGAGGCAUGAAACGCAAACUCUGCGUCGCUAUUGCACUGUGUGGUGGAUCGAAAAUUGUUCUUCUCGAUGAACCAACAGCUGGAAUGGAUCCUUCCUCCAGAAGAGCACUAUGGGACUUGCUUCAAGUUCAAAAGAAUGAAAGGAGUAUACUAUUAACAACGCACUACAUGGACGAAGCUGAUUUGUUGGGGGACAGGAUCGCAAUCAUGGCAAAUGGAGAAUUGAAAUGUUGUGGUACAAGCUUUUUCCUAAAGAAGAAAUAUGGUGCUGGCUAUCACUUGAUACUAGAAAAGCUUCCAAACUGCAACCCGAAAAAAAUCACCGAACUUUUGAAAAAAUACAUUCCAGACAUUCAAAUACAUGGAAAUGUAGGCUCCGAACUCAGUUAUUUGUUGAAAGAAAAUUAUGUCGCGUAUUUCGAAAAUCUGCUCUAUGAUUUAGAAAUAAAUACAGAAAAUUUAGGCAUUCGCAGCUACGGAAUAUCUCUAACGACUUUAGAGGAUGUAUUUUUGAAAGUCGGAGCUGAUCCAAGUGGCAAUGAUUUAUGUAAAAAUAUUUCUUCAACUAAAACGAUGGGGCUGCAGGGAAGGAUUUCGCCAAAAAACAUAACACUUUCGACUGGUCUGGAACUGAUUCGAAAUCAGUUCAUCGCUAUGUUAAUGAAAAAAACUUUAACUUUUAUGCGAACGUGGUUACUACAACUCGUUCAAAUAAUCAUCCCGGUGGCUUUUCUGAUAAUUGCCAUAGUUGUUAGUCGGAAUUUAAACAAGAAUAAAUUUGAAGAUUUACCCAAAUUGCUUCUCACUCCACAUUCCUACAAAAAUCCGAUAUUUCUUGUAGAGGAUCAUUUCAAGAACCAGUUUAGUCAAAAUUAUUUUAAGAAUUUGGAGGGUUUUGAGGUCAAAUCUGUGACCGAUCUUAGCACAGCAAUACUGAAUUUGUCAAGAACAAUUCCAGCCAUUGUGAAGAAAAAGUACAUUGUUGGUGCCUCUUUUGCAUAUGAUCGGAACAAAAGUCCUGUUUUAACAGCCUGGUUCAACAAUAAUCCGUAUCACACACCUGCUUUGUCUUUCGGACUUGUGCUUAACUCCAUGUAUCAAGUGAUCAUGGGCCCGAAUCACAGCAUUGUCUUCGCAAAUCACCCACUGCCUUUUACAAUGAACACCAAGGUCGAUCGGUUGCUCAAAGGCAACAGUAUGGGUUUCCAGGUUGCGUUCAAUAUAGGCUUCAGCAUGUCUUUCGUUUCGUCGUUCUACAUUUUGUUUUACGUAAAAGAACGGGUUUGUAAAGCCAAACAUCUGCAAUUUUUGUCGGGCGUAAAAGGUUACAUUUUCUGGACGACUUCAUUCCUGUGUGAUUUGACGACUUUUGCUGUAACUAUACUAGCAGUCAUCAUCACUUUGUUGUGUUUUGGGGAAGAAGGGUUCAGUAAUGUCGAUGAAUUAGGUAGGCUCUCCUUCCUCUUGUUUUACUUUGGUUUUGCGAUGUUGCCAAUGAUGUACUUUGCAUCGUACUAUUUUGAAGUACCAUCAACUGGAUUCACUCGAAUGACACUUUUUAACGUGUGUUUUGGUGUUACUGCCUUCUUGGUGGUGCAAAUUCUACUAACACCGGGUUUAUUCUUAAAAUAUGUAGCAGAUGCUCUCCAUUGGUGCUUCCUUUUGAUCCCCCAUUACUCCUUAGCCACUGGUAUCAGAGACACGUACAUUACAUUUGCAACUUCAAAAAUGUGCAAUUUUCUUGUUACCAAUUGUAUGGAAUAUGUAGCGAAUACGACCCGUGAUAAAUGUUGGGAUUUGGCGUGUCAUAACUAUUCAGCUAGUUUAUCACACUAUUGUUGUGAAAAAGUUGAAAGUUUUUUCAAGUGGGAAAAACCGGGAAUCGGCCGUAACAUCACCUAUUCACUCCUAACAGGAAUAAUGUUAUUUAUAUUUGUAAUUUUAUGUGAAUACAAGAUCGUAGCGAAAAUGAGAUGUUUUCGUAAUUAUGGCAUUAGAACAUUUCUAAAGGUGCCAUACGAAGACCAAGACGUCUUGGACGAAAAAAUUAAGAUUCGAAAUAGCCCCGAAUCAAAAUUGCUCAAAGAAUACGAUCUGUUGUUGAAAGACUUGACGAAAUAUUAUAGAACCUUCCUAGCGGUCAAUGGUUUAUGUCUUGGGGUAAAACAGUACGAGUGUUUUGGGCUUUUGGGGAUAAACGGUGCUGGUAAAACUACAACUUUCAAAAUGAUAACAGGCGACACGAAAAUUACAUUUGGUGAUGUUUGGAUUCACGGCUUUAGCGCCAAAACUAAUCUCAAAGAUGUGCAAAAGGUCAUUGGGUACUGUCCACAGUUCGAUGCACUGCUAACUAACUUGACAGCAAAGGAAACCCUAAUUAUAUUUGCUCUCAUAAGGGGUGUUCCACUGGAUGAAUGCACAUACGUAGCAGAGAAAUUGGCGCGAGACUUUGAUUUUUAUCAGCAUUUAAAUAAAACUAUAAAGCUACUAAGUGGAGGUAAUAAAAGGAAAUUGAGCACUGCAAUAUCUCUAAUAGGAGAUCCUCCUGUUAUUUGCUUGGACGAGCCCACUGCUGGUAUGGAUCCUGUGACUAAAAGAAACUUGUGGAAUGCCCUUUGCACAGUCCGGGAUAAUGGAAAAUGUAUCUUACUUACGUCCCACAGUAUGGAAGAAUGUGAAGCUCUGUGCACAAGAUUGGCCAUUAUGGUAAACGGAGACUUCAAGUGUUUGGGUUCUGUUCAACAUUUGAAAAAUAAAUUUGCGGCUGGAUUUACUCUCACUAUUAAAGUAAAGCGGGAAGAAAGCAGCGAAACGAUUUAUAAUUUUACUAAAAUCGACAAAUUUGUGGCUGAGAAUUUUCCGGGGAUAGUGCAGCAAGAAAAACAUCAAGAAUUGGCUACUUAUUACAUAAUCGAUCAUAAUGAAAGUUGGUCUAGAAUGUUUGGAAUUCUCGAAAGUGCCAGGAGUAGACUCAACAUUGAAGAUUAUUUUCUGGGACAAGCUAGCUUGGAACAGAUAUUCCUGACACUCACCCAACUCCAGCGUUGAUUCAAGUAAUGUAAUGCAGAAAUUCUGGUCUUGUAAUAAAUAAAACUCCAAAUUUAUUUA